UCCUCAAAGUAGUUUGCAGAAACAUCCUUCGAAGAAACGCAGCGCGCCUAACAGUAUAUUCAUCAGUGUAUUACUUUAGGCCAGAGCUCGGCUUGAGACAAGCUCAAUCGCGCGCCAAAUCUGGUCGAGCGCCGCACUCAUCUAGCAACUGUGUGCCGGGGAGGACAGACGGUCAAAAUAGCAGACGAAAACCCGGAUGAACGCUGCGAGAGAUCCCUAAAGGACGAGUAUUUUUAAUUUCGGUAAUUCAUGAUUCCACACUCCUAGGAAAUACUUACUCCUCACAGUACAGUGCUCAUCAGCCGCAAGAAUAUCAAACUCCGCCUCAUUCCCCGGAACCUGCUCAUCAACGAGACCUGACGUUAUCCCCUCUGCAGAGACAUGAGGAACCUUUAUCCACUCAGCGUGGUUUUUAUCGUCUUUUGCAGCACACAAUUGGGAACUGGGCUCCGCUGUUACGUCUGCAACAGCAAGUAUAACACAUCCUGCAUUGCCGACCCUCCGGAAAAAUACCUCGUAGAUUGCGAAACCCAGACUGGACGAGCCAGUUUACAGCACAUGAAUGUCACCUUCAAACUCUGCCGUGCGAUGUACAUGAACAUUGACGGCCAGGAGAAAAGUGUGGCUCGCUCUUGUGGAUAUCGGGAAAUCGACCGUCCGUGCUACACCACAGCCACGAUGCAAGUCAAGUCUAAAGUGUGCCAGUGCAACCAGGAUGGAUGCAAUGCCAGUACAACUGUCAGUCCGUCCCAGCUGUUUUUCCUCAUUACUGCUACUGCCAUCAUGAUGAUACUCUUCAGUGAGACUCUAUAAACUGGUUUCGCACGACCAACACCUCAUGAACAUUCCUCAGCACUGGAGGGCACCGGUAGUGAGGACAACAGAGAACUAGGGUAGAACUGUAGGUAUAUCGUUUACACACUGAAAUGAAACGCUAAUCGGAAAUCA